GGCUGCCAUUAACCGGAUCGUGGCGUCUGUGCAACCUCCACCCGUCUGCUACCGGGUACCGCUCCGAGGCCAGGCCAGGCUCUGGGACAGAGGAAGUGUGUUCCUUCAAUCUCCUUACCCCCUUUUCUCUCUCUCUGUCUCUGCCCCGGCUUCCGGGGGUCCCAGGAAGCAGCGGACUGACCGGAAGUGACUGGGGAGAAGAUGGCGGCGGGUCGGUGCAGCUCGGGGAACGGGAGGAGGAGCCGGGGCAGGCGGGGACAGCGAGCCCUUGCCCCGCCGCGGCCUGUACUCGGCAGCUGGGCGCUAAUUCUAAUUCCCUGCCUGGGCCUCGGCCUGGCACCGGCCGCAGCUGACAUGACGGACGGCAAUAGCGAGCAUCUGAAGCGGGAGCACAGCCUGAUGAAACCGUAUCAGGGAGUGGGGUCCAGUUCUAUGCCUCUAUGGGAUUUUGGUGGGAGCACCAUGUUGACGGGUCAUUACAUCCGCCUAACGCCUGAUGAGCGCAGUAAAAGCGGAUCAAUCUGGAACCGAGUGCCAUGCCACCUGAAAGACUGGGAGCUCCAUGUCCAGUUCAAAGUUCAUGGGACUGGAAAAAAGAAUCUUCACGGUGACGGAUUAGCUAUCUGGUACACAAAGGACCGUUUAAGCCCUGGCACCGUGUUUGGAAGCAAAGAUAAGUUCCACGGCUUAGGACUGUUCAUAGACACAUAUCCAAAUGAUGAGAGUGCUGAUCGGGUGUUUCCGUAUGUCUCAGCGAUGGUCAACAAUGGGACUCUGCCAUAUGACCACAGCAAAGAUGGACGCAGCUCUGAGCUUUCUGGAUGCCCUGCAGAACUCCGAAAUGUAGAUCACGACACUUAUUUGGCAGUUCGUUACUCUAGGGGCCGGUUAACGGUGAUGACAGAUGUUGAAGACAAGAAUGAAUGGAAAGAGUGUAUUGAUAUCAGCGGGGUCCAACUGCCCACUGGUUAUUUCUUCGGUGCAUCUGCAGCAACCGGAGACCUGUCAGACAACCACGAUGUUAUUUCCAUGAAACUUUACCAGCUGACAGUGGACCACUCACCAGAGGACGAGAAUGUUGAUUGGACAAAAGUUGAGCCCAGUGUUAGUUUCCUGAAAUCUCCUAAAGAUAACAUUGAUGAUCCAACGGGAAAUUUUCGGAAUGGGCCACUGACAGGCUGGAAGGUCUUCCUACUCCUCCUCUGCGCAUUGCUUGGGAUUGUUGUGUGUGGCAUAGUGGGUGCUGUGGUCUUCCAGAAGCGGCAAGAGCGCAACAAGCGAUUUUACUGAAUGGAAACUGUCACUGCGGGCCUUUAAAAUGUGAAGCAUUGUUUUUUCUAUAUGAUGGUUUGUACAACACGAGGUGUUUAUAUCCAGAAAGGAGAAUAGAGAUCAAAAAUAUUUUCAUAUAUUUCUAUGAUAUGAUGUGGGGCUGGUGAUGACAAUGAGUAGGGAGGGGAGUGAGUGGAUAUCACACAGCCACCUGCCCCUGUCAAUUUGUACCAGACAGGGGCCAUGCUUCCUUUUUUUUAAACAGACACAUUUGUUGAAAAUGCAUAUGAAUUUGUUAUUUUGAAACCAUUCUUUUACUAAAGAUGUUGAGCCUGUUUGAAUUGGAUCUUCUAUCUGCGGAACUCUUCCUGUUUUCAAAUAUGCAGGCUUCAGUGGGAUUGAGUACCUUUGAGUCAUACUGUAAGUUCUUGCUAUAUUCUUUCAUAUUGUAUGCUUGUACAUUUCAAUGACACCAUAUUUCUGUCAUCCUUUCUCCUUCUCUCUGCCUCUUUCCUUCACUCUGCCGGUCUCUUUCUCUGCCUACAAGCUGCACCCUAAUCUUUGGAGGGCGGGUGAUGCAGUUUGUUCGACUCGCUUAGAUUCAUUCUCAGUCUCACUUCAGCUGAGCUUUGAUUUGCUUGUUGAAAGCAGGCUGCCUCUCAUGUGAGAGCAUCAGGGCAUUUGUGAACCACACCUGCCAAUCUAUAGGAAGCUAAAUGGGGUUGUGGUUUUGGGUGCCACGGCAGUUUCUUCCUGAUUUGAGCGGUCUUGUGUGCAUAUUUGCUGGUGCCAUUUGAAAUGGUACAGUUGAGAGAGAUGUGCAUGAGGCUGUAGUGUAUUCCUGAACAUGUCUUUUUUUUUUCCUGUUUCUCUCUCUCCCUCACACUCUCUCUCUCUCUGUCUCUUUCUGUCACAUCAGUGGUCCUCUAAACAUCCAACAUUUUAAAGUUCCAUAUGCUUUUCUGCCCACUUUUCCUAUUCGCUGCAUCAUCAUUGUCUUCUAAUUGAGGCUAAUCAUAUCAGCUCCUACUCUCACCUUGCUCAGGACCUCAAAACUGUGGAACUCUUCACCUCCUGCAGUCUUCCUUCUGAAAAUUGCCAGGCCUUUAAAACCCAAGCUGGCACCUAACCACUGCUUCCUGAUUGACCUCAUCGCUUUUUAGCCUCAGUGUGGGGUCAUGCACUAUGGGCCUUGGUCCAUCACCUCAGUUUAAAAAUAAAAUUGCAGAGCCUAACUCAUCACAGGACUAUGUUGGAAGAAUAUAAAAUGACACUGUUUUCAUAGAUCAACACAAGCUGCUUUAUUUGUCUGUCAACAGCCGUCAAUGACUGGUCAGCUUUUGAAGAACUGAUAUUGUUCUUAAUUUGCACUAUUCUUUGGUGGGGGAGGAGGGCUUUGCAUUUAAUCUGAUGGCUCCUUCAGUGGUGGGUGGUUCACAAUUGCUUUUUCAAAUUAGACUGUGGAUAAAAGGUUCUAAAUAAUGGAGUCUGAAGCUGUUUACUGUCAUUGGAAGAGAGCACAAGUUGUAUUCAUAUGACGUAGUUACAAUAAUGUCAACUCGAAUGUAAGAAGCAACUUUGUGUGGUGAGUGCUGAUGGAAAUAAAUAACGAUAAUUUAUAGCU